AUUUUAAUUUUUAACCAGGCAGGUUUGUGUUUGACAGUCUCUCUGACAACCACUGACCACUCCAGUCACAUUAACAUCAACAGUGCAAAUUUCUCUUGUUUCUUGCCUGUGGAACCAACUAGAAUCCUUGUGUAAGUGGAUAAAAUGCCAAACAAGGCACAAGAGGAUGCGGUGAUCAAUAUGAAAUCUGUGCAGGAGAUUGCUAAGCAGUUAGGGUUUGAGUGGACCGUUUUAGCAUUUGAACUUGGAUUCACCAGAAAUGAAGUCAGACAGUUUCAUGCCACAUCCAAAGAAAAGAGGGUUCAGGCUCAGAGAAUGCUGGAAUCAUGGUAUGAGCGUUCCUGGGACAAACCGAACAAAACCAAGCUGCUGCAGGACGGUCUUGAGCGGGCGGGCCGUCGUGAUCUGGCUGAGAGACUGCGCUGCCUGCACUGGGGUCACCAGAAGCUCAGCCGCAGAGUUGAGCUGCCCUCUGCCUUCCCCUUCAUCAUUACCGUCCACAAGACCAUAGACAAUAAGGAUGCCUUGAGCAGGAUUAAUGUGCUUAAUCGCAGUUAUAACUAAGACCAUUUG